AUGUCGAAACAAAAGAAAAACUCGCUAUUGGCGGGCCACAGUCGUGCGGCCCAUACAACGUCAGCCAAAGACGAGAUCACAGCAAUGAAGUAUGUGAUGGAUAAGCCUAUCUUGCCCGUGUACCCAUUGGACGAUAAGCAGCCACCCAAAGUAUAUCCUGACUAUGUUCCUUGGCAAGAAGACGACUCAAUGAAGGAUAAAUUGAAGAAUUCAGGCUACCUUAACAAAGGUUAUUUUGAGAGUCCACUGGUAUCAAACGAAUACUACUCGGCUCGAAAUUUAAUCCAGGAGACCCUUUUUUCGUCUACUCAGAACUGCUCGACGAUACUUAAAGAACUUUCACAGCAUUUUACAAAGGCAUACAAAACCAGGAAUGAGGUGAUCAACAAGAUUUCCUAUUCUUCCAACGCAUUCAAAGUUCCUCCACGAGUAACUCUCACCGCCUCAAAAAAGGAAGCAUGGCUAAAGGAUUUGGCCAAUCAGGAUGUGCCCUUGCUGGCCGUUUCAGUAAAACUACCUCAUGGUAUCAGGAACAAGGUCCUAGUUGAUAGUAUGUGCAACUAUGUGGUUCCCAUCUCGCGGGCCAUUUGGUUCACCAAGUGCUCUCUUUAUAGUGAGCUUCUCUUGUUGCGCAGAAAGUAUCAAUCUAAACAGAGCUCAAUUCCUCAGAAUGGAGUGGUCAACUUUCCACCUUUGGAUGUUUUUGAGGGUCGUUGGCUUCAGGAGUGGACUCAGCAGGUUGCAGAUUAUGUGUUCAAGUUUUCAAAGGAAAUGCCAAAUGUGGGGACGGGAGAGCGGAAGGGACCAUUCCAAUCAAAAUUGAAUUAUUUGCUCUCGUACAUUCUGUCCUUGUACGUUGAACGUCUCAUUGAUAGAGUGUUCUUCUUGUCGAGCAUCAUCAAGUUUUUGAGAGAUGACUUGCCUUUUGACACUGCCGACCUUGCACUUUUGUUAGACUUAUCAAAAGCAGAGGAAGGUGAGGAACUUGCAAUUCUUUCACAGCUAUUGAAAGGAAGAUCCGUCAAUUAUGGACAGAUUUUGGUGGGAAUGACGUUGAUUACCAUGUUCUGGAAUGAUAUUAUGGAAGAAGACUUUCUCUGCAAGUAUUUUAGCGAGUCACUUCUUCUCAACCACUUCUUGAUUGAGAAAAUCCCAGUUUUGACUGCGAAGACAUCUCGUUCGUCUCUCGCAUCCAGCUCUUUACUGAAGAUGCUUAAGGAUGACCUACUCUUACUCAUUUCAACUUCCAUCAAUAAGCUUUUCAAACACAAUACCAAUGUUUUCAUCGUGCCAAACUAUUGGGUGUUGAUAGGUGAUGUUCUCUAUCAAGUGCUCAUGAAGGAUAAUUCAUUAACAGACCCUAUCCAGCAAGAAAAUCUCCAGAAGGUUCUUCAGCUCAUCAAUUACAGAAAUGUCAGUCUCAUGCUCAAUAUGAAGUAUCUCGUUCGGGAGGAAAGAAAAGAAGUGUCACCUCGUGUUUCUGCAAGAAGAAGUUCGUAUCUUGACGCUGACUACCAGUCGGCAAGUUCCAAGUCUAGGUACCAGCGAGUCGAAGAGGCAGAACACACAUACAUCAAUCGUGCAACCGACGACAAUUUGAAAUUUGUGGAGCAGCUAGAUAACCUCAAGCUCAACAACAGUUUGACUGCUUUGUUGAAACCAAGACCCUCAACUCUGUUUGACUCCAACUUGUGGAAGACGAAACUAAAAAUUGUGGUGUAUUGGUGUGUCACCGUCUAUCGAGACAUGGGUUCCUCUUCGGAAAAGAUCUUAAUCAUUUGUAAUUACUUGAAAAGAAAAGUCUUACAGGCUUUGACUACAAGAGGUAGCUCGCAUCUCAAGGCAGAGUUUGAGAAUGAAUUACUAGAAAGCAUUUUCAGUUUAUCACAAGAACCAGCUGAGAAUAUUUGCAUGUACAAUUUGUACGUGCUCAUCAACGAGUUGUACCAGCUCAAGAUUAUCUCAAUCUCGUCCUACUUGAGAAAGAUCAUUGCAUGUGGAGUGUUUUACAAGUCCCCUCAGGAAGGAGAAAAUAUCACACAGCUUUCCAGUGAUCCCCAGAUUUCCUUCCAUCUUUCAAUCUUGCGAAAUUUGCCUGUCUUGAAUAACAAGCAAUGCGAUCACAUCUUACGGAAAUGGACAGUCGAAGGAUUUAAUUUUCUUGAUCAUUUCACAAGUGGAACUUCAUUGCUCCAAGAGCAUUUUUUGAAUUGCCUAGUAAACAACACUUUCGGAUCAAAGUUUCACGAAAGCUUGCAGACUAUCUCGUCCUUAAAUGUGGGUGUCAAGUUUUUGUUGGUGAAUUGGUUAACAUCGCAAGUCAAGAAGACUAUAUCCAAUUCUCCUAGACUUAUUCACAUCACGCCUUCAACAAUUGCAAACAUAUAUCUGUUCUAUUCGAUUACUGAUAAUUUAACUGUCUUCUUCAAGGUUUUUGUGAAGUAUGUCUUGCAGAAUGAAAAUAAGGUCAUCAUAUUUUAUUUGGAUACCCUUUAUUUCAUCUCCAAGUUGAUUUUGCAUCAUCACAAUUUGGUCAAAUUUAUCGCUGGCAGCAGUUAUGAAGCUGUUUCUUCAGCCUAUGAACUCUUCAAACUUGUGAUCUUGAACUAUAAGGAUCUCCUGUCUCGUGAGACUGAUUUGUACAAGUUUAAAGAAGUCUGGCGUAUUAUUGAUUCGUCUGUUGAGAAGUCAUCCAAGACUGAGAGUAUGCAGACGCACACAACAAAGGGUGGACUUGAUAGAUUAUUAUAUGGGAGAGAAACUGCCGAUUCGCCAGUCAAAAUUUCUGCCCAUGCGACAAGACAGAAUGAUGCCUAUUCUGCUGAAACAUUUAAGUACGAUCUUGAAUCGUUACUAACAUUAAAGAUUCCGGAUUUAACUGGAGAAGAAUUGGAUGACUGCUUCAAUGAAAUUGCACACUGGGGUCAUCCUUUCAAGAAGGAACAAUUUACAGAUAUAAAUUUGGCAGAACAAGCGAUCCAACAGGUUCUCCAUGAAUGGCUCCAAAGAGUUGCUAAGCUCACAGAGAGUGAGGAUUUGGCAAUCUUUAAGCUCUUGGAAACUCUUAAAAAGAACUUUAAAUUGAAUGGCGGAACAAUGUUCUAUAGCUGCGUUCAAUUAUUUGUGUCCGAAGUGUUGCAGAAGAAGCAAGUGAACCACGAACUUGCCCUCUUGCUUGCUAAGCUUUUGACAUAUGAGAUUCUUCUGAUUUUUGAUCUCUUCAACAUCUUCAGGCAACUCCAUAAUAGUGCCGAUUGGCUCACAGAAAUCUUCACAUUUGGUUCAAAUGAAGUAUUUGGGUCCCUUUUCAGCUACCAGUCUUUGCUCUUGGACAACAUUCAAAAAGAGUAUAUUAGAAAACAUUACGAUGAUGUUGUGAUUUAUUCAUUGGAAAGAUUGAAGAAAGAGGGUAUGCAUUCUGAAAAAGGAAUUUUCGUUCGUCAUAAGAAUUCUAUUCUUGGUGUUGUGAGAGAUGCAUUGAUUUUCAACCGAAAAUGGACAAUGCAUUGUCUUGUGGGUGAAAUGGAGACUAAAGAUCUGAUUGAACUCUGUGAUCAAUUGUUUCCAUCGGAGCUCUUAGUAAGCAACAUUGAUGAUAUCUCAAACCUCGCCAAGGCUUCCAACGAAUUUUCUUUACCAAUAAUUCAGACAAUCUUAAAAGUGGUAACGACAAGCAUCCUAGAUCCAAAUAAGGUUCAGGUCAUGGCCAGCACAAUUCUUGACAAUUUACACUUCCUGUUCGGACCCCAGAACUCAUACUUCGGCGAAAUGUUCAACUACCUCGACUGGGGAUUCAAAUUGCAGAUCUUCAAUUACCUAGAGAAGAUUUUCCUCACUCAAAUCCAAUUCGAACCCGUAUGGGAACUAGAAAAUGCCAUGGUGACAGAGGAUGUGCACUAUGUUUCUCUUCGAUUGAAUGAAGACGGAAUUGAGUUGAUCCCUAUCUUCAAAGAUUUCUUCAAGAAGUUCUCUGUUUCAUCAGUGGACAAGCUAGACACUCCACCAGAACUUUUUGAGAAUCUUUCUAAUUUCUUGGUCAAGUUGUUGCAACUCCUCAACAAUCAAGCAGCAGUGGAACUGGACGACCGUACUAUCCACGACACGAUAUCCAUCCUAUUGCGUCUUCUCAUCAUCCACAAAACGUCAUUAACAUCUGCAAUGGCGCGUGAAGACUCUGUCAACUUUGUUUUUUUGAAGAACCUCGUUGCUCUUCUCAACUCGUCCUACUUAGCUGAUGGACAUGAAAAACUUCGCAUUUUGCUCUACGAUCUACUUUUACUCAUGAAAAGCUCGUUAACACAAAUUCUCAGUGUUGCUAGUGACGAUAUCAUGGCUACUUCGCCACAACAAAACUCGCUGCAUAGCCCGCUGAACGCUGAAGCCAAGAGAGAUAAUGCCCUCCUGGAGUCUUCAGAUUAUGGAUCUAAUGCACUAUCCACCAUCAUGGCAUUACCAUUUGAAACAUCUGGAAGUGCCGAAAGUAACAGUGCUAUUGCCCUUGAUCGUUCUGAACUCGAAAACGACGGUGACAUUGAUUUUGUCAAUCAGAGUGGGUUGGUCCUACAGCACUGCAGACGAGACUCUAUGACGUUUAUUCCAUACAUGGCCCAAGACGAUCAUCCAUCGGUACCCUUUUCCAUCAAGAGUCUCAAACUCAUCGAGGAUACCAGCACUGGACUCAACGAUGGAUGUAUUGACCUCUCGUUGUUUGAUGCAUACACUACCAAGGAGAAUCCCUUGUAA